AUGGCGUCGGCAACAGUUCUAACAGCGCAGCCCAUCUCCCUCGACCGCCUUCGAGUCAGCGAUUCUCUCGAAGAAGGCGCCCUGGCCGCCAAAGACGAAAAUGCAUCACCUCCAGACGUUCGACCACGCUGGUCGGAUCGAAUCCUAGCUCAAGGUCCCUGGGAUCAGACAGUGACUCCAGACAUGCUCAAAGGAGCAUCCAGCCUGCCGAUGCCAGUCGAGAUUAGCGACGCAGACUCUCUUACACCGUUCUUCAAUCAUCUAAAACAUGAUGGAAGCUAUGAGAGCGCUUCUCAUGCUACAGGCCAGAGCCAAUCGGCAGCCGAGCCCUACUACAACGUUCCGACCUUGGAGUUUGAUAAGGGAGUACUGUACGAAGACGGUCGGAUGGACCUGUGCAAGAUGGCUCUUGGUCCGCCGAAUAUCUCGACGCUCAUGCACAGUCUGCGCUCCAACAAGUUUGUGCGGCAUUUCCUGCUUGGUAAUAACAUCAUCGGACCAGCUGGAGCAAAUGCAAUCGCGGACUUUGUCCAGGAAUUCCCCAACCGCAUUGAUACCUGGUAUCUAGCCGGUAAUUGUAUAGACGGAGCAUCGUUUGCACGCUUGACUGAUGCACUGGUCAAGUCGCCUGCCGUGACAAAUCUCUGGCUUAAGAGGAAUCCUCUCGGUCCAGAGUCGGUUGAUUCCCUCUUCCGCCUGAUUACACAGACGCCAAAUCUGCGGACACUGGAUCUGGAUCAGACUGAGCUUGGCGAUGCAGGCGUUGCAGCUCUAUUCACUCGAUUGGCGGAAUACAUUCCUCCAACUCCCUUGUCAUUGAGAAUCCUGUACCUCUCCGCGACCGGUAUAUCCAGUGUCGCAUGUGAGGCAAUUUCCAGGUAUCUGGCCUCUCCGCAUUGCUCCCUUACCUCUUUGUAUGUGUCCAGCAAUCCGAUCGGCGAUGCAGGGGCAAAAGCGCUUGCCAAAGGGCUGCAACAGAAUAAGACACUGCAACGUCUUUGUCUGCAAUCAGUUGGCCUCACGGACGAAGGAGCCACUGCAUUGAUUUCGUCUCUGCAAGGUCAUCCUGCAUUGGAGACUCUCGAUAUCAGCCAGUCCUAUUCCACGCAGGAUUUGAAUGCCAGAUUCAAUUACCUAUCCGCGGAAUGCACAAUCAACGCACUGUGCUCCCUUGUGACUUCAUCGACGCCUCUCUCCUACCUCGCCCUCGGUCCCCAACCCUUUUGCACCACGACCGCCUUGCCUCUGAUGGCUGCUGCGCAAGAGUCCAAAACGAUCUUGUAUCUCUCCCUCAAGCCGCUCAUUCCGUCGCGGUCAACCCCGAAAGACAAUUCGCGGUUUGCUAGUGCAUCCAAGGCGCUGCGAACGCAUACCCUGAGCAACAUCCGCGCGCACUACGGCAAGCCGACCAUGAUUCAUGAAGAGUGGGAGGCUGACCUCAAACGGUGGUGCGUUAGCGACGAGAUCAGCGUGCGGAAAAUUGACAGCGUGUACCGCAAUCGGGCGGCGCAAAAGGCGCGCAGGGGCGAGGAAGUUUUGCGGAAACAGUGGGCUGACGAGGAGAGGGGGGUUCUUGACGGAGUGAUGCAGGCGUCAUGA